AUGGACGGCACCAAUCGUUCUGCUGUGUCGGAGUUUGUGUUCCUGGGGCUCACUGACUCCUGGGACAUCCAACUCCUCAUCUUUGUGUUUUCCUCCAUACUUUAUGUGGCAAGCAUGACGGGAAACUCUCUCAUUGUGUUCACGGUGGUCACUGACCCUCAUUUACACUCUCCCAUGUACUUCCUGUUGGCCAAUCUCUCCUUCAUUGACUUGGGUGCUUCGUCUGUCACUUCCCCUAAAAUGCUUUCUGACCUAUUCAGAAAGCACAAAGUCAUCUCCUUUGGAGGCUGUAUUGCCCAGAUCUUCUUUAUCCACAUCAUUGGUGCUGUGGAGAUGGUGUUGCUGAUAGCCAUGGCCUUUGACAGAUACAUGGCAAUUUGUAAGCCUCUGCAUUACCUGACCAUUAUGAGCCCACAAGUGUGCAUCUUACUUUCUGUGGCUUCUUGGUUGAUUGGCCUUCUGCACUCUGUAGUUCAGUUGGCUUUUGUGAUAAACUUACCCUUCUGUGGCCCUAACGUGUUAGACAGCUUUUAUUGUGACCUUCCUCGGUUCAUCAAACUUGCCUGCACAGACACCGAUAGACUGGAGUUCAUGGUCACAGCAAACAGCGGAUUCAUCGCUGUGGGAUCUUUCUUCAUACUGACCAUUUCCUAUGUUGUUGUCAUUGUCACUGUUCAGAAACACUCUUCAACUGGUUCAUCCAAGGCUCUGUCCACACUUUCAGCUCACAUCACUGUGGUGAUCCUGUUCUUUGGUCCAUUGAUAUUCAUCUACACCUGGCCAAGCCCCUCCACACACCUGGAUAAGUUUCUGGCCAUCUUUGAUGGAGUUCUCACUCCCUUCUUGAACCCCAUAAUUUAUACAUUCAGGAAUCAAGAAAUGAAGGCAGCAAUGAAGAGAGUAUGUAGACAGCUGGUGACUUACAGGAAGAUCUCCUAA